GGCAGGCCACUAAUGUUGGAAAAAGUACAGAGUCCAUUGAAAGACAUACUUGCUACUUUCUGAAUUCUUGGAUUUUUGUUGUUGUUGUUCAUCUUGCUGACUUUCACUGAAGGUUAUUGUAGCCUGGGUCUCAAGGCCAGAAAAGUUUACAAGCCACACCUUUUGCCAAACUCAAUGCUGUACACCCUAUACCCAAGGACAUUUUAUAUUUAUACCUAAUAAUGUCUUCUUGUUCUGACACUGGCAACAUACAGGAAUCUAUAAAACAUGGACUUACACCAGUUGGUGCCGCUCUCCCGGACGGACACGGAGCCCCCAUCCCGGCCCGCAGCCGCCUUGUCAUGCUGCCCAAAGUGGAGACGGAAGCCCUGGGACUCGCCCGAGCGAAUGGGGAGCAGGGGCAGAUGCCGGAAAACAUGCAAGUGUCUCAGUUUAAAAUGGUGAAUUACUCUUAUGAUGAAGACCUGGAAGAACUGUGUCCAGUUUGUGCAGAUAAAGUGUCUGGUUACCAUUAUGGACUUCUCACCUGUGAAAGCUGCAAGGGAUUCUUUAAACGAACGGUCCAGAAUAACAAAAGGUACACGUGUAUAGAAAAUCAGAACUGUCAGAUUGACAAAACACAGAGAAAGCGUUGCCCUUACUGUCGAUUUCAAAAAUGUCUAAGUGUUGGAAUGAAGUUAGAAGCUGUGAGAGCUGACCGAAUGCGUGGGGGUCGAAAUAAAUUUGGACCAAUGUACAAGAGAGACAGGGCACUGAAGCAGCAGAAGAAAGCUCUUAUCCGAGCAAAUGGACUUAAAUUGGAAGCCAUGACUCAAGUGAUCCAAGCAAUGCCCACUGACCUGACAAUAUCCUCUGCAAUCCAGAAUAUCCACUCUGCUUCCAAAGGCCUACCUCUGAACCAUACUGCCUUGCCUCCUACAGACUAUGACAGAAGUCCCUUUGUAACCUCUCCAAUUAGCAUGACAAUGCCGCCUCAUGGCAGCCUACAAGGUUACCAAACCUACGGCCACUUUCCAAGCCGUGCUAUCAAGUCUGAGUACCCUGACCCUUACACUAGCUCUCCAGAGUCAAUAAUGGGCUACUCAUACAUGGAUAGUUAUCAGACAAGCUCACCGGCAAGUAUUCCACAUCUGAUAUUGGAACUCUUGAAGUGCGAGCCAGAUGAGCCACAAGUCCAGGCUAAGAUCAUGGCAUAUUUGCAGCAGGAGCAAGCUAACAGAAGCAAACAUGAAAAGCUCAAUACAUUUGGGCUUAUGUGUAAAAUGGCUGACCAAACCCUCUUCUCCAUUGUUGAGUGGGCAAGGAGUAGCAUCUUUUUUAGAGAACUUAAGGUUGAUGACCAAAUGAAGCUGCUUCAGAAUUGCUGGAGUGAACUCUUAAUUCUAGAUCACAUUUACCGGCAAGUGGUACAUGGGAAAGAAGGCUCCAUCCUUCUAGUUACUGGGCAACAAAUGGAUUAUUCAGUAAUAGCAUCUCAAGCAGGAGCCACCCUCAACAACCUUAUGAGCCACGCACAGGAGCUAGUAGCGAAGCUUCGUUCCCUGCAGUUUGAUCUACGAGAGUUUGUGUGUCUCAAAUUCUUGGUGCUCUUUAGUUUAGAUGUCAAAAACCUUGAGAACUUCCAGCUUGUGGAAGGUGUUCAGGAACAAGUGAAUGCUGCUCUGCUGGACUAUACAAUGUGCAACUAUCCACAACAGACAGACAAAUUUGGCCAACUUCUCCUGCGGCUACCAGAAAUCCGGGCCAUCAGUAUGCAGGCCGAAGAAUACCUCUACUACAAACACCUGAAUGGGGAUGUGCCAUGUAAUAACCUUCUCAUUGAAAUGCUGCAUGCAAAGAGAGCAUAAAUUAUACCCAUUAGAGCUUCUGCUUUCAAGAAAAAAAAAUACUCUGAACUGCUCCAAGCAACGCUAAUUAAAAACUUGGUUUUAAGACUUUGCAAAAUGGUAUAAUAAUCAAAUACUUAAUAGUAAAUAAGUGAUGUAUCAGGGUAUUUGUAUUGCAAACUGUGAAUCAAAUGCUACACAUCCCCAAAGGAAUCUGUAUAGGACUUUGUACUGGAAUGAAACAAGCUUAUAAGUGGAUCUAUCACCAAUGU